AUGCGCCAGUCUGCCGUUCCAGAGACUCGUAUGCCACUUCGUCAACAUAUUUCCGACAAAAGAAAUGAGUCCGAUCUUCCUGUGGAAUCCCAGGAGGGAGAUGAUAAAGAUGAAUUUCCAGAGGAUAGCUGGGCUGCGUGGUCAUGCUUACUUGGCUCAUUCCUUAUGAUGUUUCCAUCGUUUGGCUUUCAAACUGCCAUCGGAACAGUCCAGGACUACAUCAGCACCCAUCAACUAGCGGAGUAUAGUGUCAGCGAUGUUGGGUGGAUAACAGCCGUGCUCGUCUUCUUGACAUUAUUCCUAGGAGUUCAAGUCGGGCCGCUCUUUGAUCGCUAUGGGCCACGAGUCCUCAUAAUAUGUGGCAGUCUUGCCAAUUUCGCGUGUUACAUCCUUCUGGCACAGUGUACACAGUACUGGCAUUUUAUGCUCUGCCUUGGCGUUCUAGGAGGUAUUUCCUCUGCUGUCAUUACUACAGUUUCAAUCUCGGUUCUUAGUCACUGGUUCUUUCGACGUCGUGGCUUGGCAUCUGGCAUUUGCAUGGCAGGGUCAUCGGCUGGUGGAGUUACUAUUCCUUUGAUGCUCAGAGCACUUUUCCAGAAGUACAGCUGGCUGUGGUCCAUUAGAAUCGUUGCUUUUCAGGCUCUGGGAUGUUACUUGCUUGGCAUGCUCCUAGUGAAAGCACGGCUUCCCAGGAGCAGCAAUAGUAGGGCGACUAUCGAUAUCCGAGCUUUGGCAUCGCCUCGGCUUUGCUUCCUUGCUGUGGCUGUCUUUUCAUUCGAAUUCAUUAUCUUUGGAUGCGCGGCCCUACUUCCUACUUAUGUGCGUUAUGCAGGACUUGAUGAGAAUGUUCAGUACUAUUCCCUGGCGGUCUUGAAUGGCAUGAGUUUUUUUGGCAGAGUAUUACCGGGAUUCGCAGCUGAUCAAGUGGGAAGGUUCAAUAUUCUAUUAUCCAUGGUUUGUGUGACGUUGAUAAUCAUGGCAGGUGUUUGGGUACCGUAUGGAUCCCACGAUGAAGUGACUCUCUAUGUUGUUGUCGCUAUCUUUGGCUUUGGAUCUGGCGGGUGGCUUUCUCUGGCCCCGGUGUGUGCUGGCCAGCUUUGCAGAACGGAAGAGUAUGGUCGCUUUUAUGGAACCGUCUACAGUGUUGCGGCUUUCGGAGUUCUACUCACUGUGCCUGUCGGGGGCAAGUUAAUUCAAUCAACAACUCCUCGUGUCCUGAUUGGAUUCUACUCUGCAGUAUUGCUGAUUGGACUGGUCAAUGUGGUAUUAUCCCGUUGGGCAGUGUUGGACUGGCGCUGGAAAUGGAAGGUCAAAGUUUGA